AUGUCACGUCGAGGCCAUGGCUCCAACUGGCAGGGCUCACAUAACCCAAACAUGGCCCCUCUUCCACCGCGACCUCGAGGAGGCAUCGGCAGUUCGAACCACUUGAAUCACUCUGGCUCUGCUCAUUCUGGCUCUGCUCAUUUUGCCUACGGCGAUAGAGGCAGUCCUGCCCCUGAACCUACUUGUGGUACCUCCUCGACCUCGUCUUGUUCUGUCGGUGCUGAAGUGGCGUUGACUGUUUUCGUCGGUAGCAUUUCUCCCGGCAUCUCCGACGCUUGGCUCAGCAAACUGCUCGAAGCAUGCGGAAAGCUUGGCUCGCUCAGGCGCGCCUCGAAAGCUUUCGGAUUCGCCGAAUAUUCGGAUCCGGACUCGGUAUUGCGUGCUAUCCAAGUGCUGCACGGCCGAGAGUUGCCCUCGAUGGGAGCGGAAGCAUCGGCUGCACCGAACAGGCUUCUGGUCAAGGCAGACGAGCGGACAAAGCGCUUCCUCGACCAGUACCAACAGACGCGUCUCCCUUCGGCCGACCAGAAAGCCAGAGAGAGCCGUGCUUUGUCAGCCGUCAAGGAUAUCGUACGGCAGAUGAACGAUCCGAAUGCAGAGAUCCUCUUGGAUCCCUCCAAGCCAGGCUAUGUUGUUCCGGAUCAUUUGAAGGAUUUGCCUCCAGAAGAGCUACCAGAAGAUCAGAGGGCAACAGUGCUCUCUGAGAUCCACCAGUUCCGUCAAGCAGCCGCAGCAAGAGAUGCAGAGACAAGAAGACGCGAAGCCGAAUUCGAGCGACAAAGAGCGAUGGAGCGUGCUAGAAGAGCUCAUCUCCAAGCCGCAGCUCCCUUCUCCUCUUCCCCCUCCUCCUCCUCCUCCCCCUCCUCCUUACGCAACGCUCCUUCAGCAGAUGAUCCACAGAGCUAUCGACGUCCUCUCGACUUCCACUCCGCCAGCUCCUACGACGCAAAAGCUGACAUCCCCCGCCAGCCGGAAGAAGCAGACCAAGUGGAAGAACAACAACGUCAAGCACGCAAGAAAGCUGCUGCUGCCGAUGCAGAGCGUGCUUAUCUCCUCCGCGAACGACAACGUCUCGCACACUGGCAGAAGCAACAGGAUAAGGAGCAAGCAGAGAAUGCAAAAUGGCAAAGAGACGGCCUUGCACUCCUCAAACGUUGGUCUGAUUGCCGACACGAUACCGCAACACGCAAAGAGCUUUUCUACACCGAUCGACAAAGAUGGCGACAACUCCGAGCACCAGCUCGAAAAAGAGAAGAGCAAGCAGACCAACGAGAUCGUGCAGCAGAACAAGAGGAAAAAGCAAAAGCACAACAAGAAACUGACAACUUCCUCGCACAACAAGCUGCAGAAAUGGCCAAACUCGCCGAACAGCAACGCAAGUCAGGUGUACUCGUCCAGUCUCAGGGUGGUACGCUUGCACCCAUCAAACUCAGUUUCGCUAACAAAGCCGACGCUGGAGAUACUGCUGCUACCAGCAAUGGCGAGAUCGGUGGAGCAGCACCAAACAAGCCAGCAGUUUUGGGCGAAUCAGAAGAAGACGAACAAGCCAAACGCACAGGUCGACUCAAGCAUAUCAAGCUCGGUACAACCAUGUCUGAAGAAGAGAACAAGGCGAAAUUGGCUCAGAUUGAACAAUCCUUGCCCAACGACACAGCAGCGUUGUUCGCACAGGAACCAAAGUGGGAGUAUGUGGAUGAAGCCUUUAUUCAGAACAAGUACAGACCUUGGGCAGAUGCAGAGAUUGAACAGAGUCUCGGCGAGAAAGUUGAGGAAUUGGUCAGUGUGGUGAUCCAAGGUUUGCAGGUUCAUUUGCAAGCCAAGGAGCUGGUGGAGUCAGUUGAGCCGGUUCUGGCGGAAGAAGCAGAAGCGUUUGUCGAAAAGCUUUGGCGAUUGGUCAUUAUCGACUCACUCGCUGCUGCCAAGGGCAUUCCUAUCUAA